CUAUGAGCAACCUUUACUAUGGCUCGAGUAACACUUCGAGUGAGAACUGCACCAACGUGGACGAUCUUGUGAAACGCUAUUAUCUCCCCACCAUGUACAGCUUAAUCUUCAUUGUAGGUGUUGUGGGUAACAUCACUGCUCUGCUGGUCUAUGCGGUCAAAGUUCGUCCCUGGAAGAGCAACACCAUCAUCAUGGUGAACCUCAUAAUCACUGACCUCCUCUUAAUGAUCUCCUUGCCCUUCUUGACCUACUACUACGUCCUUGAUGACUCGUGGACACUGGGCAUCAUCAUGUGUCGCUUCACGCGCUUCAUCUUCCACUUCAACCUCUAUGGCAGCAUCAUCUUCCUCACCUGUAUGGCCAUUUUUCGGUACGUGGCGGUCGUGCACCCAUCACAUGGACACAGCAUCAAGCAGAAGCGUUGGGGAACGGUGGCUUGCGUACUGGGUUGGGCUGUGGCGGUUGCAGAAAUAAGUCCGGUUUUUAACUAUUUUGACACGGUGGAGAACAACAACAAAACUUACUGCUUGGAUCUCGCGAGCAACAAUCCAGAAAUCGUCUGGCCGUAUAGUUGGGUGUUGACAGUAGUUGGAUAUCUGGUUCCUCUCGUCGUGGUCUGUCUUUGCUAUUGGCGCAUCAAUGAAGAACUAAAGAAGGGUCCUCAUAUGGGAAGCACCAAACGGGUUCGAGCGAGGCGUCUCAUUGUGUUGAUUUUGACGUGCUUCAUUGUGUGUUUUUUUCCUUAUCAUGUGCUACGAGCUUUGAGGAUCUACACGAAACUCACUCCAGAAAGCGACUGCAUGCUGGACCGCUGUGUUCAUGCCGCCUAUAUUAUCUCAAGGCCGAUCGCUGUACUCAACAUCAUUUUCAACCUGCCGCUCUACACGUUGUCGGGGGAUUGUUUUAAGCAAGGCUUCGUGGAAAUGUUCAAAUGUGAUUGGCUCAUGUCGAAGACUAAGGGGGUCGUUAAAGUGGCUGUGAUCAGCAAACCUGCAACCAACAUCAGAUAUAAUCAAAGCAUCUGA